AUGAAAAGUUCACUCUUUAUAACUUUCAUACUUUUCUUUACUACGGUCUCAGCCGUUAAGGAAUACCUCUUUAAGAAGUGUUCUCAAUCAGGAUUCUGUCAUCGGAAUCGUCAUUUUGCCCAGGCUGUCGAGCUGGAUCCCGAAUACCAGUCCCCUUACUCCAUCGAUGUCAGUUCUCUCAGUUUUGCGGACGAUUCAAUCACCGGUAUUGUCAAGAAAGUGCAUGGUUUAGUGGAUGUUGAUUUUCCAUUCAAAAUUUCCGUUAUUGAAGGCAAUUUCCGGUUUCAAUUGGAUGAAAAGUUGAAUAGCGACGUGGUCGACACCGUAAAACAUGUCAAUAAACAGAGAUAUAAUGAAACUGAAACUUUUGCAUUUAAACAAAAUGUUGCUUAUCAUCCAUUGACUGGUGAUCAACUUGAAGAUAAACUUGUAUUGAAGUAUGGCGAUGACCAUCAAGUUGAAUUGGAGUUCUAUCCUAUUAGAUUCUCAUUCCUUUACCAAAACAAAGUGCAAUUGACCGUAAAUGACAAGCAAUUCCUCAAUUUGGAACAUAGAAGAAAGGAACGCGAGGGUAGCACAUCAGAACUUCUCUCACAGGAAACUUCCUUUGAUAUGUUUCAAGAUUCAUUUGCCGAUUCCAGUAAGGAUACUCUCCCACUUGGACCCGAGUCCAUGGCCAUUGAUUUCAAUUUCAUUAACUUUACUCAUGUGUAUGGUAUUCCAGAACACGCCGAUUCAUUGCUUCUUAAACAUACUAGACUGAAGGAUAAGGAACCCUAUCGUCUUUACAAUGUUGAUAUUUUUGAAUAUGAUUUAGAUUCACGUUUAGCGAUGUAUGGUUCCAUUCCAUUCCUUUUAGGUAUUAAACUGGAAGUAACUGUUGGUGUUUACUGGAUAAACUCAGCUGAUACAUACAUUGAUAUCGAAUAUUCAUCUUCAAACACCUUGUCCCAUUGGAUGUCUGAGAAUGGAUUGUUAGAUUUCAUAAUUAUUAUUGAACCUACCCCGUAUGAUGCCAACAGCCAAUAUGGAAAGAUCUCAGGAAAUGCCGCCCUUCCUGCCUUAUUCUCCUUGGGAUACCAUCAAUGUAGAUGGAACUAUAAUGAUCAAAAAGAUGUAUUGGAGGUUCACAAGAAAUUCGAUACCUACAAGAUUCCUUAUGAUACUAUCUGGCUCGAUAUUGAAUAUACAGAUGAAAAGAAGUACUUUACCUGGAAGAAAGAGGCAUUUCCUAACCCAGGAAAAAUGAUGCAGAAGUUAGAUCAAACUGGACGUAAUUUAGUGGUUAUUAUUGAUCCUCAUCUCAAGGACGGAUACAGUGUCAGUGAAGAAUUCAUUACCAAGAAACUUGUUAUGAAGGACAAUUCAAACCAGGCAUUUUAUGGGCAUUGUUGGCCUGGAAAGUCGGUUUGGAUAGAUACAACUAACCCCGACGCCACUCCAGCAUGGGCUGGCCAUUUCGCGUGGAAAUCACCAUUUCUUGCCCAGGCGGCCAACGUCCACAUUUGGAAUGAUAUGAACGAACCAUCAGUUUUUAGUGGUCCGGAAACUGUAGCACCCAAGGACAACAUUCACUUCAACAACUGGGAACAUCGUUCCGUGCAUAAUUUAUACGGUAUGAGUUACCAUCAAGCAACUUAUAAUGCCAUGAAAGCCCGUCUUAAACACUCAAACCGUCAACGACCAUUUGUCCUUACUAGAUCGUACUUUACAGGGUCACAACGUACAGCAGCUAUGUGGACCGGUGACAACAUGUCGAAGUGGAGCUAUCUUCAAGCAUCGAUCCCCAUGGUGCUUACUCACAAUAUUGUAAACAUGCCGUUUUCUGGGGCUGAUGUUGGUGGAUUCUUUGGUGAUCCUCUGAGUGAAUUAUUGACGAGAUGGUACCAAACCGGACUCUUUUAUCCAUUCUUUAGAGGACAUGCCCACAUUGAUUCACCACGUCGUGAACCCUGGGUUCCUGGUGAACCAUACACUUCAAUCAUCAGAGACGCUAUCAAAUUGAGAUAUGUAUUGUUGCCAGUUUUUUACACUGGAUUCUACCAUGCUUCUGAGACUGGUCGCCCUGUAAUGAAACCCAUGUUUUACGAUGCAUUGGAUGAUACCAAUACUUAUAAGAUUGAUGACCAAUUCAUGGUUGGUGAUUCAGGAAUCUUGGCUAAACCAAUAACUGAAAAAGGCGGUAAUGUAUCCCUGAUUUACAUUCCCCAGGGUCAAAUCUAUUAUGAUUUCUUUAAUGGAGAAAUCUCAUCCCAGGUGUUUACAAGUGGGUAUGUUGAACGGCCAGUGGAAUUGACGGACAUCCCCAUGUUAUUGAAAGGAGGCUCUAUCAUUCCACUCAAGACGAGAUACCGUCGUUCAUCUAAGUUAAUGAAGAAUGAUCCAUAUACUUUGGUGAUUGCUUUAGAUGAAAAUGGUCAAGCAAAGGGUGAUUUAUAUAUUGAUGAUGGUGAAUCAUUCUCAUAUCAAAAUGGCGAGAAAUCAUAUAUUGGAUUCCAGGCUGUAUCAGAAGGUAUUAGUGCCAGUGUGUCGGUUUCAGAAGAAUUUUCGAGACAGAUCGAAAGUGUUACUGUGGAAAAGAUUGUUAUUGUGGGAGUAAAAGGAGAAAUUAGUGCUGUUAUUAUUGAACAGGAAGGAAAGAAAUGGAAUGGAAAGGUGUCGGAAAAGGACAGCGUGACUACUAUUAAGAACCCCAAGGUCAAAAUCAACAGUGACUGGGAAAUUAAGUUUGAAUACAAACAAGGAGUAGACCAUGACGAGUUGUAA